AUGGUGCCCCGCCAGGGCAAGCAGCAAAAAACCACCAGGGGGCAAAAGAAUAAAAGGGCUUCCUCCAUGGAGAGCCGAGACGAGGAGAACCGGGCUGAAGUGGGUGCUCAACCGCGCACUUGGGGCCCAAAGUUGGAGCUGGAUGGGGUUGCUAUCCCUUACACUGCAUCGGUCCGAGAAUACAACAGGGGCCGAGCAGGAUACAUAGCUGAGGCUUUGGAGCAGCCAGUACUCCUCCCUCGGGAUAUGGAGGCCUACAAGAGGUUCUCUCAGCCCGAGCUCUUUCUAUCCCUUAAGAGGGACCUUGCAAUGAUCACUCAGCAGGUGUUUGUGGCUGAGGAGUUCUGCCGCAGCAACCGCAGCUUAGCUGAAGCUGAGGCUCAAUCUCAGACAGAGGUGGAGAAAACCAUGGGGUCCCUCAAGCAAGAGAACUUUGAACUUGCGGAGAAGUUCAAAGAGGCGGAGAAAAAGCGCCGGAGUGCUGAGGCCGUGGUGGAUCUCAGGGCCACAUUACAAAAAGCUGAGGAAGAGGUCCAGCGGGAUAAAGAAGAGGUUCAGCUAGCUAGGGAAGUAGCCGAGGCUGAGAAGAAGGCUGCUUAUCAACUCAGGGUUGGAGAGACUGAAGCCAAGCUCUCCGAGGAAAUUCCGGAGAUGUGUAGGGAUUAUUGCAGCAUCUCAUGGGCUCAUGCCCUUGAUGCUGCAGGAAUUCCUGCAGACUCGGCACUGAGGUUGCCCGGGAAUGUCUUCUUUCCGCCGGAGAUCCGAGAGAAUCCUGAUGGCGCUCCUAAAGUUUCUGAGCAGGCCGUGGCUAUUCCUGAUGCCAUCCCUCUGCUUGAUAAAGCCAAGGAUCCUGCCAAAGAGUCUAUCUCCGAGGUUCCUCCUCCCCAACCAGAGCAGAAAGAGAAUCCUCCUACUGAUGCUUAG